CUCGUCCCAUUUUUCCUUUCAGCGUCUCGCUAGUUCUUUCCCAAAAGUCUCGCUUCUUUUUACAAGCCUUUGCUAGUAUAAAAGCCUACUUUUCUUCUCCACACUCCCCAACAAAAGUUGAUAUCAUGUCACCACACCACGACGCCCCUUCUCCUGCCAACAGCUUCACUCAAGAUUCUGGUUUCCACCAUCCCGUGCAAUCUGUCUACCUGGCUGACCGCUACAACGACCUCGACGCCAACUCAAUGACUUCUGCUGACGUUGGUAUCCGGCGGGCGCUGGUCCCUGGCAUCUACGUUCCCACUGUAGCAUUCUUCGACCCAGCUACGGAUAAUGUAGAUGUCCAAACGGUAGCUAGCCACGCCGUCCGUCUGGCAAAAGCUGGUGUUGCUGGCAUCACCACCCAAGGAUCCAAUGGCGAGGCUGUUCACCUGUCGCACAAGGAGCGUGACCUCAUCACAAACACUACCCGCAAGGCUCUCGACGACGCAGGUUUUGGCUACAUGCCUAUCAUUGUCGGCUGUGGCGCCCAGUCUACUCGCGAGGCCAUCGAGCUCUGUGAAGAAGCAGCCUCCGCUGGCGGAGACUACGCCUUGGUACUCCCACCAGCAUACUACCAGGGCCUGUUUUCCAAGGACACUGUCAAGGAAUUCUUCAACGAUGUAGCCACUGCGUCACCUAUCCCCAUUCUCAUCUACAACUACCCAGGCGCCGUUUCGGGGCUUGAUCUCAACUCAGAUGUCAUCAUCGAGUUGGCCCAGCAUCCCAACAUUGUCGGUUGUAAGCUGACCUGCGGCAACACCGGAAAGCUCAACCGCAUUGCAUCAGCAACACGCGCAGCCACCGUCUCCGAUCCAGGCUCCGGCUUCAUGUGCAUGGGUGGAUCGGUCGAUUUCACUCUCCAGACACUAGUCGGAGGUGGCUCCGGUAUCAUCGGCGGCAUGGCCAACAUUGCCCCCAAGACCUGCGUCAAGCUAGUUGAACUGUUUGAGGCUGGCCACCUCGCCGAAGCACGCAAGCUCCAGGCUGUCGUGGCUAGGGGUGACUGGGCUGCCAUCCAAGGCGGCAUCAUCGGCACCAAAGCUGGCCUCAUGGCUCACUACGGCUACGGUGGUUACGCUCGCAAGCCUCUGCCCAGGCCCUCCAAGGAGGAAACUCGCAAGUGGCGAGAGGCCUUUGAAGAACUCGUCCAAACGGAGAACUCGCUAUAGGAGCUUUUUCGUUAUUCUGUUACGUCUGUUCACGAACCCUUCUUCUUUUACAGUCAUCACCCCCUUCUGCAUAGGAAUCUGGCGCUGAGACUACUAGUAUUACGAAGCUUGUAAUGGCGUUUUUUUCUAACUUUUCAUUUUUCUUUGACUGGAACCUGGAAAUCUCAAAAGCAAAAACGUGGGGUAUUUCAACUCGUUUACGUCUCUUGUUUGCAACUCCAUUGAUCGAGCUGAUAACGCUUUUGUCUUUGUUUGCAAAGAAAAAAAAGAAGAAAACCCGGUUUCCAUGUAUCUAUUUUCUUACUUUUGCACCCUUUUUUUUCGCAUAGCAAGUGGGGUUGGGCGGUCAUCUGUCGAUACGCGGUUAUCCGUUUUUUUAUUACUAUUAGUCUGCAAAGUAAGCAAAACAGGCUGCAUUCUAAGGGAAAUGCAUCCGGAAAUAAAAUAUCAUGAAUCAAAAACAUGACGCCGU